AUGGUUUUACGGUACAUUCGCAUCUUUUUCCUUUGUUUUAUCCCCACUGUGAUACAGGAGAGAAUGCUGCAUGUUCAACGAUGGGUCAACAAUUUACCGUGGGGAGAAAUAAAUAUAACUAGCGCUGCAUCAAGCAGUGGGUCAGUCGGUGUGGGAUGCGGUGAGAGCAGCAGUUCCAGCACCUCUGGUGUUGGCGGAAGUUGCAGCGAGAAUACAGCCCCUGGGCCUUCGGCCUCUUCUGGUCAGGGUUCGUCUGGCUGCUGUAGCCUCAUGUGUCCUGGAAUUUGCUCGGCUGGAGGCUUGUUAUUAGGCGGCCUUCCUGCUCACCUGGAGCCACCUGAGGGAACAGAAGGCGAACGAACUCCACCUCCAGGUCGUCUUUAUAUGUCUCGGCUUCCGCUUGGACCCGAGGAAUUAGCUGUAUUUGAUCGGCGUUAUAAACCGUCUCAGCAUCACCAUCAUCACCACCCACAGCAACAAAACAUUCAAAACAACAUCAACAGUGGCCAUCAGCCCCAACAACAGGCGCAACAAUCUACCGGUCUUCAUGCAAAUGUGGUUGUUCGAGCUACUGGCCCGAACGCCAGUGUUUCGGCUGCCCCAAGUUCUCAGCCCUGUCCUGGAUUCCCCCCUUAUCCCCCUCCACAUCCACAAACUUACGCACAGGCCUGUUGUUAUGGUGAUCACUAUCAACACGCGCAUGCUGGUGCAGACUAUCAAUGUCAUCAAUCCCGCCAGCCAGCAACUCCAGCCGCAGCGGCCCAGGCUGAGGAUCAAGUCUACAUAAACGGUACUGGCGUCGGAAAAGCAGACGGAGCAGGAGGCAGUUGCUCGGCUAACCGUCUUUUCACCGAUUGGGAAACCAGGUUGGUGGUUCAGCUAUUCGCCGAGUUUUUCACGCCUCGAAAUUCUGCUGCAGCUGCCGAAGCUGCCAAAGUCACCAGCCUAGGGGGAGGGAUUGGCGGUGGUGGUUACGCUGAGCCAACUUCUCGACAGAUUAUCUCUGGCUCGCCAGGCCACAAAGCUCUGGCAGCUUCUGCCCGGAAUCCCCAUCCGCAACCACAAUUGCCAUCACUUGCUGAGGUGCGCCUCCGGCUAGCCACGUCUCGUCUGAAGGAAACUAGAAGCGCCGUCUCUGUACGUUCAAAAAUCAAACGCCUUCUGGCCACUGGUGCUUGGGCUGAAUUUAAAUGA